AUGGGGAGCCUCAGGAACAUUAUGAAUCUCGAUGACGACCACGUCGACUCGCACUCCAUAAGAAGGGACCGGAGGCCGGCCUCGAGAACCUCGCUUGAUCAAGAUCUACCCGUCCCCAUGGCCAGAUACAAUCAUAUCCCGGUGGAUCUGUCAAGGCAAACAUCACCUCCUCACAUCAUCCACCACCCUGCAGCGCCACCCCUAGGAUAUAACAGCCACCCCGGCGCUCGUCGACGCAGCAACACUAGCACCGACUCCAUGGACUCUUCCUACGGACAGAGCCAGAGCCAUACAGCUUAUUACCAAGGAACAGCAAUGAGGCCCGUCAUGCCAGGAACCGUUUCGGGGGAUCACCCUGUCAAACUGACGCCCAUUACUGGGAGAGUCAGUCGCGCGAAGAAGGGAGUUCCUGUUCAUACGUGUGACGUCUGCCGGCCGCCAAAGCCGCCGGAGCUCUCUUGCACAGUCUCGGGCUGCAAGAAGGUCUUUUACCGCAAAGACUUGCUGGACCGACACUUACAGAGACAUGGCGAACACGACGGCAAACUGAACAGAGACUCAUCACGACGGCGACGCUCAGACAGCAGUCCAUCUCGACCAUACAGCAGCUCACCACCAGCGCCCACGAUGCAACAAGCUUCCUCUCCAUAUAGCGUUGGGGCUGCCGCCACACCGGCUUCCAGUGUCGGGAUGGUGGCCGGCCACUGGUCAUCUGUGAACAACUCAACGCCGCCAGGGCCUACAAUGCAAUCGCCACAUAUGCGAGAUACGCAGAGUGCCUAUCACAUGGCGGAUAUGGGCGUGGUCGACCCCGUUACCGCUGGAGUGGUCUCUACCUACAGCGAACCGCGGCCUGCCGGACUGGGCGUAAUAGAUGCUCAAGUCACAGAGCUUUGUAUACCCGAAACGACGCCGCCAAACAUUCCAUGGACGGACAGCUCGGGCAUCCCGUCGACCUCUUCAGGAAGUGCCUACUCAACGCCGGCAUCUGGCAGCUCCAGGUUUCAACCGUCGUCGGCUCGGGCCCCUGCAGCGGAGUGGAGUGGACCGAUGCCAUCUUAUACCACAUCCCCAAGCCCCGUCAUUACGGACAACGGAUAUCCCAUGUCCUUUGGCUACGCUGCUACCCCUCCGCAGGUCUAUUCGUCGGUAUACGGGGAUGGUAUGGGAACCCCGUUCACUGGCUACGAACAUGGCGCAAACCUCUACAGUCCCCAAAUGCUUGACACGACAGUUCGGAGCAUGUCCCCGCCGGAGCUCAUGGUGGGCCAGUCCGCGGAGACACUGGUCGCGGCGCCGGCUGCAUUGCCUGCGGAUCGUAUGAUGUAUCCUCGCACCUGCAGCCGCGAGCCUGUAGAUGCUCUCGGUCUGUAUACUCUUAUGCCGACAGCUCUCAGCCAUGGCAUUCGAAGCAUGAUCCCGACGUACAUCGAGGUGUACUGGGAUAAGGUCCAUUCCAUGUACCCCAUCAUCCACAGACCGACAUUCGAAAACCCGACAAACAUGCCCGAGGAGCACAUGGAAAUACUCCAGUGUGCCAUGGCAGCCAUUGCCACUCAAUUCCUUGAGCACGAGGAUCACCGCGCGAACGGGCACCAGCUCCAUACCUAUGCUAUGGACAAGGCGAAGCUGGUCAUUCACGCACAAACCACUUACCCAUCGACUAUGGGACCAUGCGAUGCCUCUCAGCAAUGGAGAAUCUGGGUCCAUAUGGAAUCGAGGAGGCGUCUGCUAUCCGCCUGCUUCUUGCUUGAUGUCCACGCAAUGUCCUUCCUGGAGCAGCCUCGAGCCGCGGUCCUCGGCCUGGACUAUAGCGAUCCCCGGACACUCCCAAUCCCUCUGUCGAUGGCCACGCUGCAGCUGUGGGAUGCGCAAAGCUACCAGGAAUGGAGCAGCAUCAGGCAGCCAGCCAUGCCCGCGACUGUCGGGGCGACGAUUCUCGAAACCAUUACCGCAGCAGACAUUGCUUCGAUCCCGGCCUUUGACGCUUCGUUGUUUUUGGUCGCAUACGUUUUACAGCUUCCCCAGCGACGGUCCCUCACCAAGAUCAACCUCUUGGAUGAUGCGUCGAGCAUUAGCAUGAACCACUUCAGGAUCAUGAGUCUAUUUCCAUACUCGCCCAUUGCCAUGUCGCAUCUCGCCCUCCACUACACCCCGCUGCACACGCUGCUGUCAGUGUCUGGCGACAGCUGGGUCUUCAACAAAAAGGUGCUCCAGGCCACCGACUUCAUGGAGCACCAGAGGCAGCUGGAGAAGUGGCGAGACUCGGGCAGCGCCGCCGUGGCGGUUGCUUUUGCCUCGCGGGCGCUCAAGCUGUUCCUCGGGUUGCAGAGGUGCGCGAGCAAGGACGGGAGCAGCGGCUCGGUGCCCACGCCCCCGUUCCAGCGCCCGCGGCAGCACAAGGAGAUUUCCGACUUUUGGGGCAUCUACGUGUGCGCCCUCAUCUGCUGGGCCUUUGGCCACGUCGGCGGCGCCAGCCGCUCCGAGACCAAGGCGCCGACGCGGAGGGCCGCCGUGCAGUGGAUCCUCAAGGCGUCGGACAUGGAGCCCGGGCGCAUCCAGCAAAUGUCGGAGGCGGAGAGGCAGGUCGGCUCCGGGGCGGUCGGUCUCGCGCGGGCGUCGCUCGAGAAGGACUGCCUGGGCGGGCGGAGCAUCCUGCUCGCUGACGCGGUGGGCGUGUUGAAGAAGUUGGAGGAGGGAGACAAUUAUAGACGGUUCUAG